GAUCCGCCGCUGCCGCCACCAUGCGCGGGGCCAGGCCAGCCUGCUGCGCGCUGCUGCUCCUCCUGGGGCUGUGCUCGGCGCACGGGGCGCGCGCCCGGAACGUGCUGCUGAUCCUCGCUGAUGAUGGGGGCUUUGAGAGCGGCGUGUACAACAACAGUGCCAUCGCCACCCCGCACCUGGAUGCCUUGGCUCGCCGAAGCCUGAUCUUCCGCAACGCCUUCACCUCCGUCAGCAGCUGCUCUCCCAGCCGGGCCAGCCUCCUCACUGGCCUGCCCCAGCACCAGCAGGGGACAUAUGGCCUGCACCAGGACGUCCAUCACUUCAACUCCUUUGACAAGGUGCGGAGCCUGCCGCUGCUGCUCAGCCAGGCCGGCGUUCGCACAGGCAUCAUUGGGAAGAAGCACGUGGGGCCCGAGGUGGUGUACCCGUUUGACUUCGCCUACACGGAGGAGAACGGCUCUGUCCUCCAGGUCGGGCGGAACAUCACCAGGAUAAAGCUGCUGGUCCAGAGAUUCCUGAAGUCACAGGACGACAGGCCCUUCUUCCUCUACGUUGCAUUCCAUGACCCUCACCGCUGCGGACACUCCCAGCCCCAGUAUGGAGCCUUCUGUGAGAAGUUUGGCAAUGGGGAGAGUGGCAUGGGGCGCAUUCCAGACUGGACCCCCCAGACCUAUGACCCGCAGGACGUGCAGGUACCCUACUUCAUCCCAGACACCCCAGCCGCCCGAGCCGACCUGGCUGCGCAGUACACCACCAUCGGCCGCAUGGACCAAGGGAUAGGCCUGGUGCUCCAGGAGCUGCGGGAAGCUGGUGUCCUGAAUGAUACUCUGGUGAUCUUCACAUCUGACAACGGGAUCCCCUUCCCCAGUGGCAGGACCAACCUGUACUGGCCGGGCACUGCAGAGCCCUUGCUGGUGUCGUCCCCUGAGCACCCGCGCCGCUGGGGCCAGGUCAGCGAGGCCUAUGUGAGCCUCCUAGAUCUGACCCCCACCAUCUUGGAUUGGUUCUCCAUUCCCUAUCCCAGCUACGCCAUCUUCAGCUCCAAGACCGUGCAGCUCACUGGCCGGUCCCUCCUGCCAGCACUGGAGUCAGAGCCCCCCUGGACCACCGUCUUUGGUAGCCAGAGCCUCCACGAGGUCACCAUGUCCUACCCCAUGCGCUCUGUACGCCACCAGAACUUCCACCUGGUGCACAACCUCAACUUCAAGAUGCCCUUCCCCAUCGACCAGGACUUCUACGUCUCCCCCACGUUUCAAGACCUCCUGAACCGCACCAGGGCAGGCCAGCCCACGGGCUGGUACAAGGACCUCCAUCACUACUACUACCGGGAGCGCUGGGAGCUCUAUGACUGGAGCCAGGACCCCCAUGAGACCCAGAAUCUGGCUGCUGACCCACACUACGCCCAGCUUCUGGAAGUGCUCAAGACCCAGCUGGCCAAGUGGCAGUGGGAGACCCAUGACCCCUGGGUGUGUGCUCCUGAUGGAGUCCUGGAGGAGAAGCUGUCUCCCCAGUGCUGGCCACUCCACAAUGAGCUGUGAGCAUCCCAACCGUCAUGUGACCCUUCCCUUCCAGCAUGGUCCCCGCAGCUGGCCAUCUCAGCUGGUGAUACUUGUUGUCCUUCCUGCCACUGCCUUGGAGAGCACAGCAGAGCGUGUUUCCAGCCCCUUCCCCUCCCUGGGGUACCGCCACAAUGCAGGGGACACCACUGUCCUUGAGUCCGUGCUGUGUCCCAGCACAGGGAUUCUAGGGAGAACCUGGGAUGGAGUGGGGUCCUGGCCCACGACAAGGUGAGAAUGCUCAGGGCAAGGGAGUACUGUCCCUUGUUUUCUGGGAGCGAGCAGGGGACCUGCUUUGGAGCCCACAGUUAUUUCUGAACCUUCAUGAUAAAGAGAGGGGGCCUUCUUUGUGCCUCGGGGAUGGCAGGCUGGCUCUGACCACGCUCAGCAUGGGAAUAUGGUUUCCUGAUUUUAAUCAGCUUCUGGUCUUGAGGA